AUGCCGUGGUCCCAAGGGAAUCCUCUGUGGAACGAUCCUGGAAGUCCGUGGCGAGAUUCUGAGCUGAAUGCUGCCAGCGGGACCGUCCCAGGGCUCUUGCAAGAAGAGGGGACGGACUCUGGAGCUGCGGACUUGGAUUCGAGUGAAUUCACGCAGAGAGCUAUGUCAAAUGACCCGUUUCAACUUCUGCCGUCACAGCCAUCUCUCUCACUUCACCAGCUGGGGGGUCUGGGCAACGCAGGUGGUCCUCUUGUUUAUGGUUCCUUCGGAGUCAGUCAAGAUGAUAAAGAGACGUCGUCGUUGAUACACAUUCUGGGCAGUGACCUUUUUCACGGAGCUUUGGAUGAAGAUAUUGAGGGCAAGUCUCCAAGUUUGGAUGAGAUGAAUGACAUCAACUCUGGAACUAUUGCCUUGUCAGGCACGACGUUGACGAAUGCCAAGUUGAAAGACCUGAAUGGAUUGCCGCAUGUUCCACUACCUCAAAAGCUUCUCAAUCCUAACGUGAAGGACGACUCUCGAACAUCUGCGUCGAAAUCGGAGAGUCUCAAGAUUCCCGUGUCAACUCAAGUGCGCAAUGACGUGCAAGCCACAGACAUCUUUGGGAAAUUUGACCGGGGAAUCUUUCAAGUCAAUGAAUCAAUGCUUUCGGGGAUGAGCGAACUUCCGAAUGGUGAUGUUGUAUCAGAGGGCUAUGUGGUGUGCGGGGACGUGAAUCGGGGUCUGGGCAGCUCUGACAAAGACUCUCUGGCUGUAUUAAAUGGCAAACUGUUGGAGAAGGAGCCUCGUAUGUUAGACCACAAACCAGGGCCGCGUCAAAACGAUCGUAAACAUAUCUCUGCAAAGGAAGGCCGCCACAAUCGAGUUGAUGAUGCCUCAAAAGAGUUCAAGGAGAAGGGCACGGAUUCGAAUCAAAUCGAGAUUGCCAAGGAUCCAAGUGUUGACAGCAAAACUGCAGAUACUGAAGCUGGCACCAGUCAACCUGCUGAAGUGGAUCCUCCUGUCGCUGGGAUUGAAGAUUCCAACUUGCAAUGUCUGAAUGAGAAGCAACAAGACAAGUCUGACGCAAGCAGCGUGAUCGAAACUAUCUCCAACCCUGCGGAUGACGAGCAAGGAUUUAAUGAAUUUUCGAGUGUGAAAGGAAUUUCUAAGAAGAAACGACUAAAACCAAGUAAGGAGCAUUUACUUUGUUUCAAGUUUCUGACUAUGACAGGAAAACAAAAAGAAGACCCCGGUUUUACACCAGCUUCGGAGGGAGCAAGCGUCGAUGACGCUGCAGACAGCCUGCCCCCUACUUGGUCUAAACAGCAGGGCACAGUGCUGCAGUCGGAAGAACAAGCGCACACCUUUACAGAACAUCCUACUUCCACUUCUAUUCCCAAGAUUGUCAAGCACCAAGAAUCUCGUGCACAUGCCAAGGAUGUAAAAGAUGGAAAGGAUCUCAAGAAAAAGACCAAAGUAGUUGUUAGCUCGGAUGAAGAAGAAGAAAUUGCACCUUCGGGUUUGAAUCAAUUUAGGCAAAACUUCCUUUCGUGGCUUGCAGCUUUGUUCAAGCCAGGGCGAAGGAAUAAGGCUCGAAAUACAAAACGACUUAACAUUUUUGGAUUUAGCAAAUAUUGGAAUAUUCUCGAAAUAGUAGUCAUGAUCCCUCUGAUCCUCAUUGCUUGGAGCGUUCUCGUCCGGCUACACAACUAUGAGAGGGAUUCAGAAUGCCAUGGAGUCAGAGAAAUCGUACGGUUGGAAUGUGUCAGAAAAGUUGGAGUGGAUUGCCGAAUUCUUGCGACGUACGUGAGAACCUUCUGCUACAUAGCCGAAGUUCUGCCUGGUCACGUCACCUUUCGCUUUCUGUGGAACUUUGUUUGGUCCUCCAAUUCAAGUCGGACUACGAAACCUUCGGCCGUGCAGCCCAGAAGCUCGUGGUGGAGCGAUCCUUUCUACUGGUCUCGGUCUCGAGCUCCGCCUGACACCCCCAUGGUGUUGGAGAUCCUGCAGCUAGAACGGUCAGGUGGUUCCUAUUCCAAAGACAAACGCUGCUCUGGAGAAGAGUGUGACUCCUUGCUCUCGAGCCGUUGGAGUCUCGGGGUGAAGAGGUACCAGGAAUCUUACAGCUUCGUCUGCGUACAGCAGUUCGGAGAAGGAGCCGAGUUCGACGGGGAGAUGUGUGCAUGCCGAAAGGGAUACGUCGUCCUUGGAGGAAUGUGCCGCAAGGUUAAGCGCUGCGAUGACAGCGAGAGCGGGAGAAGUGCGAACAACGGGAAGUUAGCGAUCGAGGGCUCUAAGCGAGACAAGAAGCGAAUCUCGUCAACGAACCAGGGCAAAUGCAACUCGAAGACAAAGAAGAAGAGCGGGAAGAGCAGGAGGAUGAAGGAGCUCCGAAGAAACAGCGUCGUGCUUUAG